AUGCCCGCGCCCGCCGAGGCCGCCGGCGUCCAACUGGCGCCGCACCGGGCUGUCUACGCGGUCGAACUGGAAGAGGCGUUGGACCGCAGCGGCAUCACCGGCAUGCGCGGCCGUAUCGUCUACGAGUUCCGGGGAUCGGCCUGCGAGGGCUAUACGACCAAUUUCCGCUUCGUCACGCAAAUCGCCGCGCGCGCCGGCGGCCGCGUUACCGACCAGCAGACGACGACCUUCGAGGAAGCCGACGGCUCGUCCUUCCGCUUCCUGACCCGCACCUUCGUCGACCAGCGGCCCGACCGCACGAUCGAAGGCGUGGCGGCCGUCGAGGACGAUGCGACGAUCGUCACGCUCAGCGAACCGGAGGAAACCGAGAUCCGGCUCGACCCGGCCGCGUUUCCCACCGCGCACAUGAUCGAUCUGAUCGAGCGGGCCGCCGCCGGCGAGCGCUUCUACGAAAAAAAGAUCUUCGACGGGUCGGACGAUGCCGACCGGGUGCUGACCACAACGGUGAUCAUCGGUCCCGAAAAGACCGAGGACGAGGACGAUCCCGAUGCGAUCGGCGCGGUCGCCGAUGCGCCGUUCCGCAACAUCUCGGUUGCCUAUUUCGACGAGGUGACCGAGGGCGAGGGGCUGCCCGAAUACCGGAUCGCCUUCAAGAUGCACGACAAUGGCAUCACAAGGUCGCUGGAGAUGGACUAUGGCGACUUCAUGCUGUCGGGCACGAUGGAGGAACUGGAACUGUUCGAGGCAGAACCGGAAAGGACCAUACGCAUGGCAAUGCCAGACUAUUCCAUGCGCCAGCUGCUUGAAGCUGGCGUUCACUUCGGCCACCAGACACACCGCUGGAACCCGAAGAUGGCGCGGUACAUUUUUGGCGACCGCAACAAUGUCCACAUCAUCGACCUGUCGCAGACGGUGCCGCUGCUCGAGCAGGCGCUCAAGAAAGUGUCCGACACGGUGGCCGGCGGCGGCCGCGUGCUGUUCGUGGGCACCAAGCGCCAGGCUUCUGAAAUCGUCGCCGACGCGGCCAAGCGGUCGGCGCAGUACUACGUCAACGCCCGCUGGCUCGGCGGGAUGCUGACCAACUGGAAGACGAUCUCCAAUUCGAUCGCGCGCCUGCGCAAGCUCGAGGAGCUUUUGGGCGGCGAGGCCGAGGGCUUCACCAAGAAGGAACGGCUGAACCUCGAGCGCGAGCGCGAAAAGCUCGACCGCGCGCUGGGCGGCAUCAAGGACAUGGGCGGCAUUCCCGACCUGAUGUUCGUGAUCGACACCAACAAGGAAGCCAUCGCCAUUCAGGAAGCGCAUCGUCUCGGCAUUCCGGUCGUCGCGAUCAUCGAUUCUAACUGCGAUCCGGACGUGGUCGACCAUCCGAUCCCGGGCAAUGACGAUGCGGCGCGCGCCAUCUCGCUCUAUUGCGACCUGAUCGCACGGGCGGCGAUCGACGGCAUCGAACGCCAGCAGGGCGCUUCGGGCGUCGAUGUCGGCGCGCAGGCCGAAGCACCGGCCGAGCCGGCCAUCGAGGAGGCUCCGGCUGAAGAGCCGGCGGCGGUCGCCGAAGAGCCUGCACCGGCUGCCGAGGAAGCCGCACCGGCCGAAGAACAGCCGGCCCAGGCCUGGCCGGUUCCACAACGACAAUUGGAUGACACGCCGCGUCCCGGAGAGCUCCGGGCCGGCACGACGAAAGGCACGACAAUGACCAUUACAGCCGCAUUGGUGAAACAGCUGCGCGACCUGACGGGCGCGGGCAUGAUGGACUGCAAGAAGGCGCUCACCGAAACCGAUGGUGACCUGGAUGCGGCGGUCGACUGGCUGCGCACCAAGGGCAUCGCCAAGGCCGAGAAGAAAUCCGGCCGCACCGCUGCCGAAGGGCUGAUCGGGGUCGCCGCAUCGGGUACAGACGCCAUCGUGGUCGAGGUCAACUCCGAAACCGAUUUCGUCGCCCGCAACGACGCGUUCCAGACGCUCGUCGGCGAUGUCGCGCAGGUCGCGCUGGGCACGGACGGUUCGGUCGAGGCGGUCGCCGCGGCCGCCUAUCCGGGCAGCGACAAGAGCGUUGAGGAAACCAUCAAGGACGCCGUCGCGACCAUCGGCGAGAACAUGAACCUGCGCCGUUCGGCCAAGCUGAGCGUCGGCAGCGGCACGGUCGCGACCUAUGUCCACAAUGCGGUCAAGACCGAUCUGGGCAAGCUGGGCGUGCUGGUCGCCAUCGAAACCGGCGGCGAUGCCGCUGCGGCGUCGGCGAUCGGCCGGCAGAUCGCCAUGCAUGUGGCGGCGACCAAUCCGCUGGCCAUCGAUGUGGCCGAUCUGGACCCGGCCGCCAUCGAGCGCGAGAAGGCGAUCUUUUCCGAGCAGGCCAAGGCAUCCGGCAAGCCCGAAAACAUCAUCGAGAAGAUGGUGGAGGGCCGCUUGCGCAAGUUCUACGAGGAAGUCUGCCUUCUCAAGCAGAGCUUCGUGAUCAAUCCCGACCUGACGGUCGAGCAGGCGCUCAAGGAAGCCGAAAAGGAAAUUGGCGCUGAGGCGAAAGUGACCGCUUUCGAACGGUUCGCGCUGGGUGAGGGCGUCGAGAAAGAAGAGAGCGACUUCGCCGCCGAAGUCGCCGCCGCCGCCAAGGGCUACCUUGCCUACAAGCGUGUCCUGCUGAAAGUGUCCGGCGAGGCGCUGAUGGGCAAUCAGGGCUUUGGCAUCGAUGUCGAAGUUGCCGACCGGAUCGCCAGCGACGUCAAGCAGGCGGUCGACAUGGGCGUGCAGGUCGCCAUCGUGAUCGGCGGCGGCAACAUCUUCCGCGGGGUCGCGGUGGCCUCGCGCGGCGGCGACCGGGUGACCGGCGACCAUAUGGGCAUGCUGGCAACCGUCAUCAAUUCGCUGGCGCUGCGCACUUCGCUGGUCAAGAGCGGACUGGAUGCCGUGGUGUUGUCAGCCAUUGCGAUGCCGCAAUUGUGCGAAAGCUUCUCGCAACGCAAGGCGAUGUGGAACAUCGAACAGGGCAGGGUGGUUGUCUUUGCGGGGGGCACGGGAAAUCCCUAUUUCACGACCGAUUCGGCCGCGGCGCUCAGGGCCGCCGAAAUCGGCGCGGACGCGCUGUUGAAGGGCACCCAGGUGGACGGCAUCUAUUCGGCCGAUCCCAAGCUCGAUCCGGCGGCCGAGCGCUAUGAAUGUCUGACGCAUGCGCAGGUCAUUGAAAAGGGCUUGAAUGUCAUGGACAUAGCGGCGGUUGCGCUGACCCGCGAGAACCGGAUUCCCAUCGUCGUGUUUUCGAUUCACGAAAAGGGCGGCCUGGCCGCCAUCGUCAAGGGACGAAGCAGUGUCAUGAGUGAGUAUGAUCUUGCCGAUCUGACCCGCCGCAUGGAAGGCGCGAUCACAUCGUUCAAAAGCGAUCUUGGCGGUCUGCGCACCGGCCGCGCUUCGGCCUCGCUGCUCGACCCCAUCACUGUGGAAGCCUAUGGCAGCGCGAUGCCGAUCAACCAGGUCGCCAACGUCACCGUGCCCGAGCCGCGCAUGCUGGCGGUCAAUGUUUGGGACAAGUCCAUGGUCGGGGCCGUCGAAAAGGCGAUCCGCGAGUCGAGCCUCGGCCUCAACCCGAUGACCGACGGCACCACCGUGCGCGUCCCGCUGCCCGAACUGAACGAGGAGCGGCGGCGCGAACUGGUCAAGGUUGCCCACCAAUAUGCGGAAAACGCCCGGAUAGCUGUGCGCCACGUGCGCCGCGACGGCAUGGACACCUUGAAAAAGCUCGAAAAAGACGGCGAGAUCGGUCAGGACGAGGGACGGUCGGAAUCGGACGCCGUGCAGAAGCAGACCGACACAUACAUCACGCGUAUCGACGAGUUGCUGGCCGCGCAACGAAUCGGGCGCCCGGCGUCCCCAAAGGAGAUGUACGUGCUGUCCAAAGCGCCCGCUGACACGAUCCUCGGUCCCGAACAUGUCGCCAUCAUCAUGGACGGCAACGGCCGCUGGGCCACCGCGCGCUCCAUGCCGCGUACUUUCGGCCACAGGGCAGGCGUGGAAGCGGUGCGCCGCACGGUGCGCGCCGCGCCCAGGUACGGUAUCCGGCACCUGACGCUCUACGCGUUUUCGUCGGAGAACUGGUCUCGACCGCCCGAAGAGGUGCGCGAUCUUCUGGGUCUGCUGCGGCUUUACAUCCACCGCGACCUGGCGGAGCUGGCGGCAAACGGGGUGUGCAUCCGCAUCAUCGGCAGCCGUGAAGGGCUCAAGCCCGACAUUCUCGACCUGAUCGAACGUGCCGAAUCGCGCACGCGCGGCAAUGUCCGGCUCAACCUCAACAUCGCCUUCAACUAUGGUGCGCGCGACGAAUUGCUGCGCGCGGCGCAAAAGCUGGUCGACACGGCGCGCCUGACGCCCGACUGCGAGCGGCGCCUGACAAGCGCCGAUGUCAGCGGCGCGCUCGACACGGCCGGACUGCCCGAUCCGGAUCUGAUCAUCCGCACCAGCGGCGCUCGAGGAAUAUCGCGGCCGGGAACGCCGUUAUGGCGCGGUGACGCCGGCGCGCGACGUCGCCCUAUGAGCAACCUCGCCGCCCGGGUCUGGUCCGGCGUGGUGCUGGGAGCGAUCUUCAUCGCCGUCACGAUUGCCGGCGGAACGCCUUUCGUGAUGUUCAUCACGCUGAUCGCCGCCAUCUUCUGGGUCGAAUGGACCGACAUGAAGAUGCCCGGCAGCGACGACCGGCUGCAACCGGUUGGCAUUCUGGGCUUGAUCGCACUGGCGGUCGUCAUCCUGUUUGCGCCGCCGGCUGCCAAGACACUGCUUCUGCUCGCCGUUUUGGCCUUGUUCGCCGUUGCGGCCGUCGGCCUCAAGGACAGACGAGCGAUUGGCGGGUUCGUCUAUGCGGCGCUGCUUCUGACCAGUCUGGGCCUUUUGCGGGGCGAUUGGGGCUUCGAGCCGGGCUUGGCGGCCAUCAUCUUCCUGGUCGCCGUGGUCUGGGCCACCGAUAUCGGCGCCUAUUUCGUCGGACGCCGGGUAGGCGGGCCGAAGCUGGCGCCGCGCGUCUCACCCAACAAGACGAUCUCCGGCGCGCUCGGCGGGCUCGCCUCGGCCGUUGCCGCAGCGCUCUUGGUCGAUGCGCUGUUCGGCGUCAGCAGCUUUUGGGCGGCAAUCGGACUGGCGCUGGUCCUGUCGACCCUGUCGCAGGCCGGCGACCUGUUUGAAUCGUGGAUCAAGCGGCGCGCCGGCGUCAAGGACUCAGGCCGCGUGAUCCCCGGCCAUGGCGGCGUCAUGGAUCGAUGCGCUGCGCGCCGGCAUCGACCAGCCCGCCCUUGCCUUUUUCUGACCGACAGCGGAGACCCGAUGUUUGACUUCCUGACCGGACUCGUCGCGACGGACGGCUUCAUCAUCGGCAUUGCCGUGCCGUUCCUGUUCGUUCUGACGGUCGUCAUCUUCUUUCACGAACUGGGCCACUAUCUCGUCGGCCGCUGGUGCGGAAUCGGCGCCAAGGUGUUCUCGGUCGGCUUCGGCCCCGAACUUUUCGGCUUUGACGAUCGCCACGGAACACGCUGGCGGCUGUCAGCGAUCCCGCUCGGCGGUUAUGUGAAGUUCGUCGGAGACAUGAACGCGGCCUCGGCGUCGGCGACGAUGGAUGACGCGCUGACCGAAGCGGAACGGGCCCGGGCCUUCCACACCAAGAGCGUCUGGCGCCGCGCGGCGACCGUGUUUGCCGGUCCGGCCGCCAACUUCAUCCUUGCAAUCGUCAUCUUCGCAUUCGUCCUGGCCGUGUUCGGACGCGUCGUCGCCGAUCCUGUGGUGGCCGAGGUUCGUGCCGGCAGCGCGGCCGAAGCCGCGGGCCUUGAAGCCGGCGACCGCUUCGUCAGUCUCGACGGCCAGCCCGUUGCGAGUUUCUCCGACGUGCAGCGUUAUGUGGCGCCCCGCGCCGGCAGCCCGAUCGCCAUGGUCGUCGAUCGCGACGGCCAGUCCAUCGACCUGACCAUCACACCCGAACGGCUUGAGAUCGAGGACCGGUUCGGCAACAGGAUCGAGCAGGGUGUGAUCGGCGUCGUCAACAACCCCGAGGCGGGACGGUAUCGCACCGAAACCUAUCCGCCGCUGCAGGCCGUCUGGCUGGGCGUUCAGGAGACCGGUUAUGUGAUCUCGCGUACCGGCGGAUAUCUGGCCGGCGUCAUCACCGGGCGCGAGAGCGCCGACCAGAUCGGCGGCCCGAUUCGCGUGGCGCAGGUGUCGGGGCAGGUGGCGACACUCGGCUUCAUCGCCCUUUUGAACCUGACGGCGAUUCUGUCGGUCUCGAUCGGGCUGUUGAACCUUUUGCCUGUGCCGGUGCUCGAUGGCGGGCACCUGAUGUUCUAUGCCUAUGAGGCGGUGCGCGGAAAGCCGCUGUCGGAGGUGGCUCAGGAAUAUGGCUAUCGGAUCGGAUUCGCGCUCGUUCUGGGCCUGAUGGUGUUUGCGACCUGGAACGACAUCACAUUUUUGAGCGCCGUGUCGGCUGCCGCGCUGGCUUUGACGCCGGCCGUCGGCGGUGCGAUCGCCGUGCAGACGCUGACGAUGGCAAGCGCGCAGGCAGCUGUGGUGAACGCGAUUUCGGUUCGCGGAAACCAGCGUGUCGCCGAGCAGACGAUUGCCGAUUUCGUCGGAUAUCAGCCCGGCAGGAACUUCACUGAUUCCGAUGUCAACGACGCGGUGCGGGCGCUGUUCCGUUCGGGACUGUUCUCGAACGUCUCGGUCGUGCGCUCGGGCUCGACGCUCGUCGUAACGGUGGAGGAAUUCGCCACCGUCAACCAGGUUCUUUUCCAGGGCAAUCGGCGUCUCGACGAUGACCGUCUGCGCGGCGUGGUGCAACUCGCCCCCCGCGCGCGAUUCGAUCAGGACACGCUGGACGCCGAUGUCGAAGCGAUCGUGGAAGCGUACAGCCGCACCGGACGGAGCGACAUCACGGUCGAUGCCAGCGUCGUCGAUCUGGGUGAGAACCGCGUCAACGUCAUCUUUCAGGUUGUCGAGGGCGACCGCACGAAGAUCUCGCGCAUCAACUUCACCGGCAACAACGCUUUCGGAGACCGGCGCCUGCAGGCCGUCAUCACGACCAAGCAGUCCAACCCGCUGUCUUUCCUGACGCGCAACGAUGUCUAUGACGAUCAGCGUCUGGCUGCCGACGAAGAGCGCCUGCGGCGCUUUUACUUCAACCGCGGCUAUGCCGAUUUCCGGGUCAUCUCCUCGUCCGCCGAUGUCGAUCCGUCAUCCGGCAACAUCGUCAUCAACAUCGAGGUGGAUGAGGGCGACCGCUACACGUUCGGCAACAUCGAGAUCGACAGCACCGUCACCGGCGUCGAUCCGCAAUCGCUGACGAGCACGAUCCAGACCCGUUCGGGUCGCGUCUACAGCGCCGUCGAUGUCGAGGAUACGCUGAUCGACAUGUCCGAGCGAUUGGCUGGCGCGGGCUUCCCGUUCGCCGAGGUCACGCCGGUCGGCAACCGCAAUUUCGACAAUCGUACGAUCGAUGUCACCUACAUCGUCGAUCAGGGUCAGCGCGCCUUCAUCGAGCGCAUCGAGAUCGCCGGCAACACGCGCACGCGCGACUAUGUCAUCCGCCGCGAGUUCGACCUGGCCGAAGGCGAUGCCUUCAACCAGAUCCUGAUUCGCAGGGCGCAGCGCCGGCUGGAGGCUUUGGACUUCUUCUCGACCGUGUCGAUAAGCACACGUCCCGGCUCGUCGCCCGACCGCGUCAUUGUCGUCGUACAGGUCGAGGAAAAGCCGACCGGCGAGUUCGGCGCAGGUGUCGGAUACACCACCGGCGGCCAGGACGAGGGCGUCAAUCUGGAAGGUUCGAUCACCGAACGCAACUUCCUUGGCCGCGGCCAGGCCAUUCGCAUCGGCAUCGGCGGCAGCCAGAACUCGCGCACCUACAACAUCUCUUUCACCGAGCCCUAUUUUCUGGGCUAUCGCGUGGCUGCAACCGGCAACGUGUUCCAGAACCGGCGCGACUUCGGAGACUAUGAAGAGGUGGCCACAGGCGGUUCGGUGAGCUUUGGCCUGCCCCUGACAGACGAUCUGACGGCCACUGCCGGCUAUUCCUACUCGCAGACCGCCUUCAAUGCGGACGGUGCCGAUUGUACCGAUUUGCCAGGGGAUCCGGACGCCAACUGUAGCGCGCCCGGCUAUGUUCAGACGCGGAUCGCCAGCGGUCGUGACCGGAUCAAGUCGUCGGUCUCCUACGGCCUGAUCUACAACACGAUCGACGACCGCAACGAUCCGCGCAGCGGUCUCUUUGUCAGGGCGAUCCAGGAAGUGGCCGGUCUUGGCGGCGACGCCCGCUUCGUCCGCUCGACGGUUGAUGCAUCCUAUUAUGUGACCGUGUCCGAAGAUGCCGAAGUCGUCGGCCUUUUGAGUGCCGGCGCUGGCAACGUUACGGGCAUUGGUCGGACGGUCGAGGGGUUCGACCAGUUCCAAUUGGGUCAGCGGCGCAUUCGCGGCUUCUCCUAUAACGGUAUCGGCCCGACCGAUGCGGCGGGCAACUUCAUCGGCGGAAAGACCUAUUUCAACGCCACCGCUGAAGUUCAGUUCCCGCUGCCGGCAUUCCCGCGCGAUCUUGGCUUCAAGGGCGCCCUGUUUGCCGAUGCGGCAACCCUGUUCGGCUCCGACGUAGCCGGCGCCAUGAACACCAACAUGGAAUGGCGUGCGUCGGCCGGUCUCAGCGUGAUCUGGCAAUCGCCGUUUGCGCCGCUGCGCUUCGACUAUGCCUGGCCGCUGGCCAAACAGGCGCACGACAAGGAGCAGCGCUUCAGCUUCUCGGUGUCGUCCGCCUUCUCGCUUGGCGGUCUUGCAGUGCCCGACGGCGCCGCCAGUGACGCCGUCGUCACCACGCUUGCGCCCGCCUCGGCGCCCGUGAAAGGAAGCCUGGUCUUCAUCGAGAGCGCCCGCAACGUCGCGCUCGAUACGCUCGGCCUGUGCAGCGCCGUGAUCGGACCCGCCGAUCUGGCCGGACUUUUGCCCGAGGGCCCCGUCCAUCUUGCGGCCAAUGCGCCGCGGCACGCCUUUCAGGAUAUUGCGCUGGCGCUUUUUGCGGACAGCAUUGGCGACGCGGUGGCCAUCGCCGAUCCGGCCACGGCGCUCCACCCCUCAUCGGGCGCGACCGUUUCGUCCACAGCGCGCCUCGAGGACGGCGUGAUCCUGGCGCCGGGUGCCGUCAUCGGUGACGAUGUGGAGAUCGGUGCGGGCACCAUCGUCGGCGCCAAUGCGGUCAUUGCGCGCGGGUGCCGCAUCGGCCGCAACGGCCGCAUCGGUGCGGGCGCGAGCCUGCAAUACGCCUUGCUUGGCGACCGGGUGCAGAUACUGCCUGGCGCGGCGAUCGGCCAGGACGGGUUCGGCUAUGUGCCGCGCGCCGACGGCCUGCGCAAGAUGCCGCAGCUCGGCCGUGUCGUCAUACAGGACGAUGUCGAGAUCGGCGCAAACACGGCGAUCGACCGGGGCACGCUGGGCGACACGGUGAUCGGGCAGGGCACGAAAAUCGACAAUCUGGUGCAGAUCGCCCACAAUGUGCGGAUCGGCAUGCACACGGUGAUCGCCGGCCAUUGCGGCAUUUCGGGCAGCGUGACCAUCGGCGACCAGUGCAUGCUGGGCGGCGGUGUCGGCGUCGCCGACCAGAUCGUCAUCGGCGACCGGGUUCAGAUUGCGGGCGGCGCCGGCGUGAUGGACAACAUUCCGUCGGGCGAGCGCUGGGGCGGUUCUCCCGCCAAGCCGGCCAGAGACGCACUGCGCGAAGUGCUGGCAUUGCGCCGGCUUGCCAAUGCGCUCGACACCGCCGAUCUCGCCGACAUUCUAAAGGCGCUGCCGCAUCGCUAUCCGAUGCUGCUGGUCGACCGUAUCGUCAACAUUGACGGACUGGAUUCGGCGGUCGGCAUCAAGAACGUCACCUACAACGAGCCCCAUUUCAUGGGCCACUUCCCCGGCAAUCCGAUCAUGCCGGGCGUCCUGAUCAUCGAGGGCCUGGCCCAGACCGCCGGCGCGAUCGGCAUCAAGAGCCUGGGCAUGGACAAGCCGGCGCUCGUCUACUUCAUGUCGAUCGACAAGGCCAAGUUCCGAAAACCCGUCGUGCCGGGCGAUGUGCUGGAAUACCAUGUCCGGCUGAUCAAGCGGCGCGGCUCGAUCUGCCGUUAUGAGUGCAUCGCAAAGGUCGCCGGCGACACGGCGGGCUCUGAGAUGGACGCGCAAUCGACAUUCGUUCACCCCACCGCACUGGUCGAGACCGGGGCGACCCUGGGCGCAAACGUGCGCAUCGGCCCGUUCUGCCACGUCGGCUCGGAGGUCACGCUCGGCGACGAUGUCGCUCUGAUGAGCCAUGUAUCGGUCACCGGCCCGACCGUACUGGGCGCCGGAUGCACCGUGCAUCCCCAGGCGGUGCUGGGCGGUGCGCCGCAAAACACCGCCUAUAAGGGCGAACCGACCAAGCUGGUCAUCGGCAGGAACGUCACGAUCCGCGAAGGUGUGACCAUGCACCGCGGCACCGGCAAUGCGCGCGGCGAGACCGUCGUCGGCGACGAUUGCAUGUUCCUGGCCUAUUCUCACGUCGCCCAUGACUGCGUCAUCGGGCAGCGCGUGACGUUCGCCAACAAUGUGAUGAUCGGCGGCCAUGUGACGAUCGGCGAUCAUGUGAUCGUCGGCGGCGGCGGCGCCAUCCACCAGUUCUGCACCAUCGGCAACAACGCCUUCAUCGGCGGGCUGACGGGCGUCGCCCACGACGUCAUUCCCUACGGUCUUGCGAUGGGCAGCCGGGCCUAUCUGAGCGGCCUCAAUCUUGUCGGGCUCAAACGCUCGGGCAUGGACCGGGCCGACAUCACGGCCAUCCGCCAUGCCUAUCGCGACCUGUUUGCGGACAAUGGCCGCUCGGUCAGGGAAAACGCCGAGGGGCUGGUCGAUGCCUAUGCCGGCAUCGAACCGGUGCAGCAGAUGGCGCGCUUCGUGCUCGACGGCGCCAAGCGGCAUCUGACGACGCCGCUGAGCGGCGCCGAUGAUGGGUCCGGUGCGCCCCUUGCCAUCAUCGCCGGGGGCGGGCAGGUUCCGCUGCAUCUGGCCCGAUCGCUGUCGGACAAAAACGUUCCGUUCGUUGUCGUCAUGCUCGAAGGCGACGCGGAUCCGGCGCUGGCCGAAUACGAGCAUAUCGCCGUCAACACCGCCGAACUGAGCCGAUUCAAGCGCUACAUGCUCGAUCGUGGGGUCGAAAAGGUCACUUUGGUCGGCACGGUGAAGGGCCGGCCCGACAUCGGCCUGUUCCGCCCCGACUGGACGACGCUGCGCCUGAUCGCACGGAUCGUGCGCGCGCUCGGCAAGGGCGACGAUGCGCUGCUGCGCGCGGUUGUGGCGAUGAUGGAGGAUGGCGGACUGACGGUGGUCGGCGCGCACGAGAUCGAGCCCGAUCUGCUGGCGCCCGCCGCCCGGCUUGGAAAGGUUUCCGUGCCCAAGAGCCAGCAAGCCGCCAUCGAGGCCGGAAUCGUCGCCGCCAAUGCGCUUGGCGCGCUCGAUGCCGGGCAGGCGGUCGUCGUGCUUGGAACCCGGGUGGUCGCGCUCGAAGGCGCCGAGGGCACCGAUGCGAUGCUGCAACGGGUUGCGGACCUGCGCGCCAUCGGCCGGCUGGGCCGGCGCAAGGGCGGUGUGCUCGUCAAACUGCGCAAGCCCGGCCAGGACAUCCGUGUCGACAUGCCGACAAUCGGACGCAACACGGUCGCCGGCGCCGCGUCCGCCGGCCUUGCCGGCAUUGCGGUGCAUGGCGAAAACACGCUGGUGAUGGACCGCCAGACAACGAUAGCGGAUGCCGACGCCGCCGCACACGCGGUGAGCCAUGACAAGCGCAACGGCCCGCUGAUCGGCAUCGUGGCCGGCGAACCGUCCGGCCAGCUUCUCGCGGCCGACCUGAUCGCCGCGCUAAACGCGCGGCUGGGUACGCCCGUGCGCCUGGUCGGUGUCGGCGGCCCGCCACUCCAAACCCAUGGGCUCACAUCGCUUUUCGACCCGGACGAGAUCGCGCUGAUGGGGCUGACCAGUGUGGUCCGCGCCCUUCCGCGUCUCGCCCGCCGUAUCGGGCAGACCGCAAACGCGCUGAUCGCCGCUCGGCCCGACUGCCUGAUUGUCGUCGACAGCCCGGAUUUUUCGCUGCAGGUGGCCAAGCGGGUCAAGAAGCGCCUGCCGGACCUGCCAGUCGUCAAAUAUGUCGCGCCCACGGUCUGGGCCUGGCGGCCGGGCAGGGCGCCGGCGAUGCGCGCCCAUGUGGACCAUGUCCUGUCCAUCCUGCCGUUCGAGCCGGCGGUGAUGGCCGAACUGGGCGGACCGGAAACCCAUUAUGUCGGGCACCGGCUGAUGGCGGACCAAGCGCUGCAGCGCUGCUGGGACGCCAACUCAGCGCGGAUCGUGCGCGAGGAAGGCGCACCGGUCAAUCUGCUGCUGCUGCCCGGAUCGCGCCGGUCCGAGGUGCGUGCGCUGCUCGACGAUUUCCGCCAGACGGUCGCGAUCAUGGGCGAGCGCGGCACCGCCCUGUCGAUCAGCCUGCCGACCUUGCCGCAUCUGGAACGCCAGGUGCGCGACCAUGUUCUGGGAUGGCCGGAAAGCGUGCGUGUGACCACCGGGCGCGAUGCCCAGAUGGCGGCGUAUGAGACGGCCGAUGUGGCGCUGGCCGCCUCCGGCACAGUGCUGCUGGAACUGGCGCUGGCGGGCGUGCCGGCCGUUUCCUGCUAUCGCGCCGAUCCGCUGAUCCGCCGCGUCGCCGAGCGGAUGUUGACAACCUGGUCGGCGGCGCUGCCCAACCUCAUCGCCGACAGGGUCGUGAUCAACGAAUACUAUGACGAGAUGAUCCGGCCCGGAAUGCUGGCGCGGCUGGCCGAGGAACUGGCCGACCCGGCCGGCUCACGCCGGGCCACGGUCAUGGCGGGCUAUCACACCGUGCGCGACCGGAUGCAGGUAAACGAGCCGCCGAGCAGCAAGGCCGCGGCGAUCGUGGCCGAUAUUCUCGAAGGCCACAGCCGCGCAUGA